AUGCGAAGAUCAAUGCCAACUUCCAACAUGAUAAUGCAGAAUACUCGUAGCGACAGGGAAUUGCACAACUUAUUUACAGGACAGGGACUUUCGGUUACUCCUUCGAAAAGGACCUCCUGUCAGGGUACUCGGGGAAGCUAUGAAACCAAGUGCCCCAACUUCAACGACAGACUGUUGGGUUCUCUCUGGCGGGCCGCAGAUGUGAGUUGGGUGGCUAAAGAUUCUAUGGGCAGUGCAGGAGGUAUUUUAGUUGCCUGGAAGAAUUCAGCAUGGCAGGUUCUCAACAGCUGGACGGGUAAAUUCUUUGUUUCGGUUAUCCUUCAGCACAUUUCCUCUAGAUUCACUUGUUGCUUUUCCUCUAUUUAUGGGCCGAGUCAGGACAGGGACAGAAAAGCUUUCUGGGAAGAACUUUCCCUUUCCAGGCAGAAAUUCGUAGGUGCGUGCUGUAUAGCCGGGGACUUCGACAUUGUCAGGAAUAGUCAGGAAAAAUCUCACAGCAGAUCGAAUACCCCAACCAUGAAGCAGUUUUCUGAUUGGAUCAAAGAAGAGGAACUCGUCGACCUCCCCAUUCUUGGUGCUAGAUUCACUUGGUCCAAUGGGAGAGAGUCCCCUACAAUGUGCAGGUUGGACAGAACUACAUCCGAUCACCAUCCAAUAUCCCUGGAAGUGGUGGAGCAGAACUGGGGGCCAAAACCUUUUCGAUUCGAGCUCUUGUGGCUUUCUAUCAAGGGGUUUGCCACCAAGAUUGUUGAUUGGUGGAAAGGCUUCAAGGUCCAAGGCAAUGCGGACUUUAUAUUGUCGGUCAAAUUGAAGAUGUUGAAGAAAGAGCUAAAAGAGUGGCACAAGAGUGAUAUGCAAAAUAGAGACCUCGACUAUUCUAAGCUUCUAUCUGACUUGUCUGCCUUAGACGCUCACAUGGAAAUAGGGGGCUCCUCUCCUGAUUUGCAAGCCACAAGGAUAAAUCUGAUUCAGGAAAUCGCCAACAGAAUUCUUCAAAAAGAAAUCUCCUAG